AUGAAUAGCAAAUUGAAUAAAUCGAAUCAGUGUGAUCCCAACAAUACUUUGGUGGAGCUGUUUUUCAACCUUAUAUUCAAAGAAUUCUAUCACACUCCACCCGUCUGUGUGUGUGUCCAAAUGUGUAUGGGGAGACCAACAUACUGUUAUCCAAAUAGUUGUUUGAAAAGACCAACAAUUGUUAAGGAGGAUACUACAACUACUGCUCAUUCUGUGAAUCAAAUACACUACGAUAAUCGAAAUCAAGCGAAAUCUGUAAUGUUUUUAGUGGAAAGUGAUUUAAUAGACAAUAUAUUUGAAGCACCGACGAUAAAAUCACAAUCAGAAACAGGUGAGAAGCUGUCCAACGAAUUAAUAUUUCGUCCAAAUCCUUUUAAAGAGUUACUAUUUAAAUACAAAAAAAUUCCCAAACUAGAAAUGAGAUAUAAUUUACGUGAGAAAGUUAAAAAUACGCGAUCUGAAAAGAUAAAGAGGGAUAAGUUGGACGUAUCAAAGACAAGAUGGCCCACGAGCAAGCACUUAUUUCAAGGAAGACCAUUAUUGAAUAAUAUACGACACUUUAAGAAAGACGAUGAUUUCCAAAAAACACUUUUUGCAUCGACCUUUCCUGAUCUCGAAUCUGUAAAUCAUAAAGUAAAUAAAAACAAGUUUUUAUCCAAGCGAGACGAUAAAAGUGUCAAUAUAGAUUCUUUGUAUGUUUAUAAGACAGAUGCUAACUUUUCUAUAGAAAAUCUUAUUGACGAUUUAAUCAUUAAUAGUUUAGAUGAUAACAAUAAUAUAAUAACUAAUGAAUCAUUUGCGACAACAACCGAAAUCGUGAAUAAAAAUGAUUCUAAAACAAAUGAUACAACAUAUGAUAUGAAUUCAACUAAAGAAAAAAAAGCAUACCUAGAAGAGAUAAUAACCCUUUCUGAACGAAUAGAAGAAAAUAAUAACUUAAGUGUUGAAUAUGUUAAGCGAGUGACUGGAAUAAGUAAUCUUGAGAACGAGACGAGUCUCUUGUAUGCUAAUAAUAAUCGUACAUUGGACAAAGUUGAAACAAAGUUGGAUCAUACGCUAGAUUUUAAACAAACAGUCAAUCCUCACACUAGCAACGCGACUUCAAUAACCAGUAAAAUGAACGAAGAAGUUGCAUCUGCUACUAAACGAAGGAAUAUUCCAGUUUUAAAGAAAAACUUAAAACAGAAAAGCAAGCAAAGGAUAAUACGUAAAUUGGACAGAAAACUUAAUUAA